AUGGCUGUCAUUGAAAAGUUGUCAAAGGAGGAUGGAGCAGAAUUGGUAGAUGCAUCAAUCUACAGAAGCCUUGUUGGUUCCUUGAUUUAUUUUACUAAAACAAGGUCAGAUAUUGUUCUUACUGUGAGCAUUGUUUUAAGAUAUAUGAACAAGCCAAGUAAAGUUCAUUUUGGAUCAGCAAAGAGAAUACUUAGAUAUGUGAAAGGAACCAAGAAAUUUGAGCUUAAAUAUGAAAGUGAAAACUGCAAGCUGGUUGGAUUUUCAGACAGUGAUUGGGAUGGUGCCAUAGAUGAACGAAAAAGCACAACUACAUAUGUUUUCUCUUUGGGAAGUAAAAUGAUCUCUUGGCCAUCAAAGAAGAAAAAUACUGUGGCACUUUCUUCAGCUGAAGUAGAAUACAUUUCAGCCACUAGUGCAUCUUGUGAAGCAAUUUGGCUAAAAAUCUAG